AUGGAGCAAUCGUCGAUAGAAAAUGGAGUGGCAGCCAUGGCUGCCCGCUACCAGGAAUUUGAUCCGGUGGCAUAUCUGCAGUACAACUACACGCCACCGCGGGCUGAUUUUGACAGGAAGGAUAGCAUCGUGCCAUGGAAACUGGCAUGCCUGCAUAGAGCCUUCACAGAAGGUGACGUCAGUGGCAAGCUGCUGGUGGACAUUGGCUCGGGACCAACUCUCUACCAAGUUCUGAGCGGUUGUGAAGUGUUCAACCAGGUGGUUCUGACUGACUUCCUGGAGGUUAACCGUAAGGAACUGAGGCGUUGGCUGCAGAAUGAAAAGGGCUGCGGUCUGGACUGGACGCCCUACCUGCAGCACGUCUGCAAGUUGGAAGGGCGGCGGGCCUCGGCGUGGACAGAGAAGGCAGCCAAGCUCCGUAGGGCAAUUAUCGAUAUCCUCCCCAUUGACGUGCACCAACCCCAGCCUAUGGACACUCGCGCCCUCCCUGCGGCAGGGGCGGACUGCCUGGUGUCCUGCUUCUGCCUGGAGAGCGUCAGUCCUGACCUGGCUGCAUUCACAAGAGCCCUAGGCCACAUCAAGAAGCUGCUCCGGCCCGGCGGACACCUACUCCUCAUCGGCGCCCUGGGGGAGAGCUUCUACUUCGGGGGGCCAGGGGUGAGAAUCCCUGUGGUGCCACUGGGCGAGGCGGAGGUGUGCGCCAGUCUGAAAGAGAGUGGCUACACCUUGAUCCGGCUUGAGGUUUACACGCUGCCUCAGGACAUGAGAGUAGGGGUGGAUGACGUUACUGGGGUGUUUUUUGCAAAGGCGAGGAAGGAAUAA